AUGGGCGACCCCAAACCAACACAAGAUCAUGUGGAGCGUCUCAGAUCUCCCGAUCUCGAGGACUUCCCCAACAAGCACAUCGGCGUCGACGAAGAAUUGCGCAAAUAUGUUGUCGCGGCCGAUGGCGUACAAGUGGACGAAGCGACAAGCAAGCGACUCCGACAUAUGAUCAACAAGCGAGUCUUGAUCAUCAUGGUCGGCACUUAUUUCUUACAAUCACUUGACAAGAAUGCUAUCAGCUAUGCAGCUAUCAUGGGAAUCCAGAAAGACGCCCACCUCGUUGGACAAGAUUACUCAUGGCUGCACACGGUCAUCUAUUUUGGUAUCUUGUUCGCCGAAUAUCCAACUAACAUCAUCGUGCAAAAAGUCCCUAUUGGAAAGUAUCUCGCAGCAAACAUUUUUCUCUGGGGCCUGACCUUGACCAUGACCUGCUUCGGAUUCAAUUUCAAAAUUCUAGCCGCCCUCCGAGUUUUACUGGGUAUCUUUGAGGCUGUCUCUCAGCCCACAUUCUUGCUUCUUUCUUCGAUGUGGUACAAGCGCGACGAACAGGCGCACAUUGUUACAUACUGGUUUGGAAUGAAUGGAGUCCAAGGAAUAUGCGGCGGACUAUUUGCCUAUGGCAUGAGCCAUGUCCAUUCCCCAAUUCUAAAAUCGUGGCAAUUCCUCUUCAUCCUGCUAGGUUCUAUCACCUGCGUGUGGUCAAUGUUUGUCUUUUGGUGGAUGCCUGACAGUCCAAUGCGCGCGAAGUGCUUCUCGGAAGAAGACCGAGUGCUUAUGAUUGAACGAGUUCGAGCGAAUCAGACCGGUAUCCAGAAUCGGAACUUCAAACGGGCCCAUGUUCUUGAGGCUAUUCAAGAUCCGCAAGUCUGGCUUUAUAUCUUGAUCCAAGUCAUUAUUCAGAUUCCCACCGGUGGACUGGGGUCGUUCUCAACGAUUCUGAUCAAGAAUUUUGGAUUUACAGAGCUGCAAACUGAACUACUUUCGAUGGUAAAUGGCGGUGUUCAGUGCGUGGUUCUUCUGGGGUCAGCUUGGCUCUCCCGCCAUUUCAACCAGACUAUUUUAUUCCAACUGGCAUUCCUCAUUCCGAAUAUCGCAGGAACAGCAACACUUAUGGCUGUCCCAAUCUCCCACUCCACCCGAAUCGGCCUCUUGAUCGGAUACUGGUGCACCCUCUCGUUCUGGGGUACAACGACCCUCCUCAUGUCUCUCCUGUCGCGAAAUGUAGCCGGGCAGACUAAAAAGUCCAUCAGUACCGCCUCGUUAUUCUUCGCCUGGGCUGUCGGGAACAUGAUCGGACCACAAGUCUUCCAGUCGAAAGAUGCGCCGCGGUACUUUACCUGUUUCUCGGUUCAUAUGGGAUGUUACGGGUGCAUUAUUAUCUUACUGGUUCUGUUGAGAUGGUAUCUCAAGAGGGAAAAUGCGAGGAAGGAUGCGUUGCAGGAGCAGGAUUGGAGGGCCUCGGAGAUGAAUUUGGAUAAUGCAUUUGAUGACCUGACUGAUAAGGAAAACCUGAGUUUCAGGUAUCAGUAUUAA